GGCGCCGGCCUGGCACUAAUAGGGGAGAGGUUAGUGGCGUUUAGACAAAGAAUUAAUGCAUAUCGAGAAGUGGAGCCAGUAGAACCCCAGAACUGCCACCUUAUUGAGGGACUUGAAAAUGGCGCUGAAGAUAUUGACAUACUUCCUAGUGGGCUGGCUUUUAUCUCCACUGGAUUAAAAUAUCCAGGUAUGCCAGACUUUGCACCAGAUGAGCCAGGACAAAUCUUCUUGAUGGAUCUCAAUGAGCAAAACCCAAGGGCCCAGUCACUAAACAUCAGUGAUGGGUUUGACAGAGCAUCAUUUAAUCCACAUGGGAUCAGUACUUUCAUCGACAAAGACCAAAUUGUGUAUCUUUAUGUUGUGAAUCAUCCCCACAUGGAGUCCACAGUGGAGAUAUUUAAAUUUGAGGAACAGCAGCGUUCUCUGGUACACCUGAAAACUAUAAAACACGAACUUUUGAAAAGUGUGAAUGACAUUGUGGUUCUUGGAGCAGAGCAGUUCUAUGCUACCAGAGACCACUAUUUUACCAACUUCUUCUUGGCACAGCUAGAGAUGUUCCUGGACCUUCGCUGGACUUCUGUUGUUUUCUACAGUCCAAGAGAGGUUAAAGUGGUGGCCGAAGGAUUUAGUUCUGCCAAUGGGAUCACAGUCUCACCAGACAAGAAGUAUAUCUAUGUAGCUGAUGUAUUGGCUAAGAACAUUCAUGUAAUGGAAAAACAUGACAACUGGGAUUUAACUCAAUUGAAGGUCAUACAGUUGAGCACCUUAGUGGAUAACUUAACUGUUGAUCCAGACACGGGAGACAUUUUGGCAGGAUGCCAUCCUAAUGCCAACAAGCUGCUGCUCUAUAACCCUGAGGAUCCUCCAGGGUCAGAAGUACUUCGCAUCCGGAAUAUUUUGUCUGAAAAGCCCGAGAUAAGCACGGAGUAUGCCAACAAUGGCUCUGUGCUCCAGGGCUCCUCGGUGGCUUCUGUGUACCAAGGGAAACUUCUCAUAGGCACCAUAUUUCACAAAGCUCUGUACUGUGUACUCUAGACACCCAUUAUUUUGAAAAAUCUACACAUUUGGUAAAAGUAAACCCCUAAUUAUAUGAUAAGUGGAACUGUAAGUAAAUGACAAUGACAAAAAUG